AUGCCCGACCAAGAGUACGCUCAAGGUAAAGUUCUGAUUCGCGCAGAAACAAACCUUCCACCAUGUUCUAUUGUAGUACACCCCGAAUUUUCAUCUCUUAUUAUUUUUGGUACAUACAAGCUUGAAGAAGAGUCUCGCAAGCGUCAUGGCACUUUGGAGUUUUGGCUCCGAGUCACCUCUGACGACGACAAGGAGUCGCUUAUUCGUGUUGCCGAGCUCGCAACACCCGAUUCCUCGAUUCUUGAUGCAAAAUUGCAUCCAACAGACCAUAACAUAUUGCUUACUGCUCAGUCGACUGGUGAAAUAGUGAUUUGGCGGUUUGCAGGGCUUCGCGCGUGGGCAGAAACAGUUCACGCAGAGUUGUUGCAACAUGCCAACAACGGUGAAACUAAAAACGAACGCAAAUUCGAUUUACCUGAACACACAAAAUCCGCAGACGUAAUUACAGAAAAUGAAGACCGCUCGGUACUUGUACUUUCCCUAUGCUUUGCACCCGUAUCACCGUACAACACAUUGGCUGCUACAUUGACUGAUGGUUCUAUUGUUGUAUGCGUACUGACAAACUCUGGUAUCAAGGUACGUCAUAGACUAACUGGAGCACAUUCACUUGAAGCUUGGACCGCUUCAUUUUUAAACGGUUCUGAGAACGUUCUUUUUUCUGGUGGUGACGAUGCAGUAUUGGCUGCCCACGAUCUCCGCAUGGCAUCUUCCUCAGACAGCGAUAAUAAUGAGAGUGACAAUGGCUACGGCGAUGACAUUGUGGCCCCUGUAUGGUCAUCGCAACGGAUUCAUUCAGCUGGUGUUACAUCCAUUCAUUCCUUCAUACCAACCCCUGAUUACCAGCUUUGGACAGGCGGCUACGAUGAUACGCUAGCGCUUGUAGACCUGCGUAUCACAGAUCCCAUGCUGCCCAUCCCCCCACGCGGACCUACUGCGUCCAUUAAUCUUGGAGGUGGCGUGUGGAAGCUGCUUCCGAGCCCUGUGGCCCCUGAAAGUCGAAUGCUUGUAUGCUGUAUGUAUGGCGGUGCGCGGAUUGUGGACCGACUGAGUACGGAGGAAAUUGCAAGCACCACAGAGCCAGCAAACAUCGUGGCUUCGCUGACACAAGGCCAUGAGAGUAUGGUUUAUGGCGGUGCGUGGCUUGACGAGAAGACCGUUGUUACAUGUAGUUUUUACGACAAGGCUGUUCAAGUUUGGAGAUGGUAA